AUGUCUCCCUAUGCAGCCUUUGACACCAUGGCCGCUCUCCUCUUGAAGCACGUGGCUACCUCUCUGACUCGCCAAAUGGCCCAGAUGAGCCGGUUAAAUGUGGCCGUCUCCUCUCCAGCAGCUAGUGCCUACAGAUGUCUCUGCACCCUCACCACAGUUCCCCGCACACUACUCCGCUCAUCAGCCAGAAUCAGCUCCAUCCAGCCCCCCUUGUCUGGCUCCUCUGCUCAGUGUGGACCAUCUCUGUUGGGACAGUGUCAGCAUCUUCCCUGCAUCCAGCCCUCUGCAGGGAUGAAAACCAAGUCUGCCCUGAAGAGGCGCUGCAAAGACUGUUUCAUUGUUCGACGGAGGGGCCGAUUGUUUGUGUUCUGCAAGACCAAUCCGAGACACAAGCAGAGGCAGGGCUAAAAUGUUGAAGGAGUAAUGAGAAGUUUGCUUUGAGAUUUAGAAUUUAGGAAUUUGGAAGAACUGUGAAGCAAAAAUAAAUUGUUUGGAUGAAGAAUGUGCAUAGCACUUUUCA